CAAGGAAAGCACUAACUGGAUAGAAGCCUGAGGAUCAGAUGCUGCAGAGUCUAAAUUUCACUGAUAGCACAUGUUAAAAUACCAAAAUAUCCAAGUUUGAACCAAAGGUUACAAAACAAAAAGAAACAGCAAUGAUCUAGGCAAAGGAGAAGUUUAAAACAUUAGAAACCACCAACAAGGAGGACUAGUCUUGGGACAUACCAGAGAGAGGCUUUUAAAAAGUGGUUCUAAAUAUGUUCAAAAUGCUAAAGGAAAACAUUGACAAAAAAAUCAGUAAAACCACAGAUGAACACAACAUGUCAGUUGAGAGAUGGAAAUUGUAAAAGAGAACCAACCAGAACUGAAGACCAGAGUGACUGAAAUUAAAAAUUCCUUGGAGGGCUUCAACAGUAGAUUGGAACUGGCAGAAGAAAGAUUCAGUGAACUUGAAGCUAAGACAUUGAAAUCAUUCACUCUGAGGAGCAGAAAGAAAAAAAGAAAAGUGAACAGAGCCUGAGGAACCUGUGGACACUCAAGCAAACCAAUAUAUGCAUUGUGAGAGUCCUAGAAGGAGAAGAAAGAGAGAAAGGGGCAGAGAGUGUAUACAAAGAAAUAAUGGCUGACAGCUUCCCAAAUUGAAUGAAAGAAAUGAAUAGGCACAUCCAAGAUGCUCAGCCAACUCCAAACAGGAGAAAUCAAAAGACCCAUGUGCCUUAACCUUUUAUAAUCAGACUGUUGGAUGCCAGAGAUAAAGAGAGAAUUCUGAAACCUGCAAAAAAGAACGAACAUGCAUGUACAAUGGGGCCUCAAUAAAAUUAAGUGCUGAUUUCUCAUCGGAAACCGUGGAGGCAAGAAGGCAGUGGGAAUACUCUGAAAGUAAAAAAAAUUGCCAUCCAAAAAUUCUGUAUUUGGCAAAAUUGUCUGUUCAAAAAAUGAGGGAGAGAUUAAGACUUUCCCAGAUAAACAAAAGCUGAGGCAGUUUGUUAACAUUAGAUUAGCCCUACAAGAGAUGCUAAAGAGAGUUCUGCAGGUUGAUAGGGAAGGACACUAAAUAGAUUGAAGCAGCACAAAGAAAGAAGCAUCUCUGCUCUGCCAUUUCAGGGCUGUGCCUCUUCCCAAGAGAACACAGAGGGAGAGAAUGGCAGCUGUGCCCCUGACAGCCAGAUGGCGGAAGUCACUCCAGUUUAAGGAUGUGGCUGUGAAGUUCUCAAAGGAUGAGUGGAUGCGACUGGCCCCUGCUCAAAGAGCCCUGUACAGGGAGGUGACGCUGGAGAACUAUAUGGAUUUUGUUUCCUUGGAAAAAGUCUGGAAGGACCUCUACCAAGAUAAUACCGGACUUUUAGUUCCUAAGACUGAUGUGAUUUCCCAGUUGAAGAGAGGUGAAGAGCCAUGGAAGCUAGACUUUCAGGAAGCUGAAGACAGAGACAUCCCAGAAAAUACUUUUCUAGACCAGAAGGCCAGACCAGAGAAACAGGACUCAACUCAAAAGCAGGAUGUUUCUGAAGUAAAGUCACAAAAAACAUUAAUGGAAAAACUAGGAAAAAAUGGUUCUCUGGGUCCUGCACUCGGACCAGAUAGACCUAAGGGCAGAAUGAAAGAAAAUUCUUUAGGGGAGACUUUGACAAAAUCCUUCCCCAAGGAGAAGGACGUGAGGCAAGGAUCCACUCCUCCCAAGAAAACCAACAGUAAGGGGAGAAACUUUGAAUGUAGCAUAUGUGGAAAGAUCUUAUUUAACCAUUUAUCCCUCACCCGCCAUCAGAGAACUCACACUGGAGAGAAGCCCUAUGAAUGCAAAGAAUGUGGGAAGGCCUUUGGAUAUAAGAGUAGUCUUAAUAAACAUCUGAUGUCUCAUUCGGGGAAGAGCCCCUACGAAUGCACUGAAUGUGAGAGAACUUUCUAUGACCGAUUAACCCUUACUGAACAUCAGCGGACUCACAGCGGUGAGAAGCCCUUUAAAUGUGAUAAAUGUGGUAAGGCCUUCUUUGUCCGCUCAUCUUUUACUCGACAUCAGAGAAUUCAUACUGGAGAAAGUCCUUAUGAAUGUACAGAAUGUGGGAAAUCCUUUAGCCAGAAAAGUAUUCUUGCUCGCCAUAAGCUCACUCACACUGGAGAGAGGCCCUAUGAAUGUAACGGAUGCGGCAAAGCUCUGUUUGACCGCUCGUCCCUUAUUCGCCACAGGAGAGCACACACUGGAGAGACUCCUUUUGAAUGUAAUUUAUGUGGGAAAGUUUUCUUUGACCGCUCAUCCCUUAAUCAACAUCAGAAAAUUCAUAGCGGAGACAAGCCCUGUAAGUGCAUGGAAUGUGGAAAAGCCUUCCUCCAGAAAAGACAGCUUAUCCAACAUCAGAGAGUUCACACUGGAGAAAAACCCUAUGAAUGCAGCGUGUGUGGGAAGGUUUUCAGUUGCAAGUCAUCUAUCAUCCAACAUCAGCAGCGUUAUGCCAGACAGGUCUUAGAAUAUCAUGGAAGUGCUCCAGCCAAACGAGCAACCCCCAAAGUGACUUCAGAUAGAUUUGUACAAGAUAAUGAAGAUUUAUAUUUGAGCACCUUCUAGCUACCACUUAUUUCCAUGCCUCUGUUAGGUAACUACAGUCUCAAUUUUUAGUCUCAACGAACCAUGCUAUAAACUUCUUCCGGGAUGCUUGAAAUUUGAGGUCAUACCCUGGGGAUCCCCAAAUUGGUCAGAAGCUAUCCAGUCAAUGCAUUUUUCAAGUGUUUGAAGGAGACCGUAAGACAGGCAUCAUAUUUGUUAAUUUAUUUAUUUACUCAUUUAUUUAUUGCUAUACUGAGUGUUCCAGGAGAACUGGGACUGUUUCAUAUCUGUGUGCUGCCGAGUCCCAGCAUGUGGUACCUGGCACGUCACUGGCACUUAUUACGUUCUGAAUGAACACCCGUCUAGUUAUGAAAACUUGCACCCCAAUUCAAAUGCACUUUCUAGAACUUGAAACUUCAAUAAUAAAAUAACUUCAAGCUGGUAUCUUCAUAGGCCUACAGAUGUAUUCACUAUAGUUGUGCUUUUAGCUUGUAACCCACUCCUUUUGGAGCUUUCUGGAGCUCUGAUUUGGGUUAUAUACUCUUGCUCUUUAUUCAGCUCUCAGGACCCGUAGUUUUCGGCUCUGCUGACCUUCUAACCUAAGCUCUGGGCUCUGAUGCACUAACAGUUACUACUCUUGUUUCUUUGGUAGUUGUUAGUGGUUUUUACAUUUGUUUUCAUCUUGAUGACUACGUUCUCUUAGCCUGGCUGUAGGGGUAUAGGCUGGGUCUUCCAUUCCAUCAACGCCUUGGACACAAUGCCUUCCCUCUCUUGUAGCUGCUAAUGGAAAAUGAACCAAAAAGUUCAAGGUCCAGUUGCUCCAGCCAGCUGUAGCCAGAGCAGUGAAGUGCAGUCUCAGGCCAUAGAGGUCAGCCACAGUGAGCCAGGAAAUGGGGCUAAGCCUGAUCUCAAAGAAUACCACAAAGCCAGAUUUAACUCCAUACGUGGCUCAUCCAUGGAUGCUCGUCCUUCAGUACUAAAGCAGUGGUUGUGAGGAGGCACCUGAAAGCCAGACCAGCUGGUCCCAUUAGAUGUAGUUUCCUUCUUCUUGCCCUCAACAUCAGUAUCUGUGAAACCACCGUGCAGAUAUGCCCACCCACAUACACACAGUGGAGGUAUAGACUAGCUUCCUCACGUCGCUGUCUGAGGACUCCUGCUUAUUAAAAAAACCAAGCAGUGAUUCCAGAGAGCAGCUGAGAGAGCACAAGCACCACGAUGAAGAGGAGGAUGGGUUCCUGAUGUGUAGGUAUUAAAAAAACCUAAACUAGCAGCACAAUUACUUUCAUUUCUUGGGCCAUCCCCUCGAUGGAGUGUACAGAAUCAGCAUGGCUCUCCGUUCCUUCAUCCUGUUAAGGAGCAGGAAAGCCCAGUAGCAGAGGCCACAAAACAUUCCCCAUGAGGCUCAAAGGUCUGGCCUCUGGGAGGCUGCCCAGCCUGAUCACCAGGCCAUGGGUACCACGUGAGGAGGUGGAUUCCUUUCCAUCAUACACAGGUACAAAACCUGUGCAGUCUGCAGACCAAACAGUGUAGGAGAAACAGUUCAGCUUAUUUAGCCGUUUUACAGAACCUCACGCUAAAGCCACUUGAAGCAGCUAUAAUGUUGGCAGUGAGCGUUGGUGAUGCUUGCUGUGGCAGAGGCUGUUGGUUGCCCACCCAAUAGCCAUUCUUCCCUUCUUCCUUAAUCACAGGAACACUGAUUCUCUGUUCCUCAGCCUCUCCUCACCUAGGUGUAGCUAAUUAGCCUGAUGAUACAUUGAUAUCAAUGGGAUUUGUUCCAUAGGACUCCUGGGAAGGCACCUUUCUCCUUGAAAUGUGGAUUUAACAGCUGGAGCUCCAGCAGCAUCUUGUGACUGAGGAUACAAGCCAUGCCUGAAGGAUGACAGGAGAAAAAUAGAAGCUGCCUGGUUUCCUGGUUUUAUGGUGCCUCCGGGAUACCCGCCCUGCACUGCCUACUUCUGGACUUGAAUGUGAAGGAAUAAACCUUUAUGUACUUAACCACUUUAUUCACAGCCAAAUGAAAUCCCUGUUAAACCUUCCAAAGCAGUACACAAGUCCGGCAGAAAAGGAGCUAACUACAGCCCACAGGGAGUACCGCCUCCGACCGAGAGCAGGGGACAGUGAGCGGGACCUCAUGGUGAGGCUGGCCUCACCUCGGAAGGGAAGUGGACCACAUCCGUUGUGAUCAGCUGUGGAGUCUUGAUGCCUGCAGGGUUUUGGCUAGUUGUGGUGGAGGAGCAAGAGGUGUGGCUCUUCUCUGUCCCUGUAGCCCAGCAGAAUUCUUUGUGAAUCCUUCCGAAGGGUCUAGUAGGUCAAUCUCAAGAGUCCUUCAAAUGUCGUUUUGCAUGGCUGUUUUUCUUCAGGCCAACUUCUCUGCCAUUUGUACUGAAAACGUAUUUAUCUUCUAAAGUCUGCAGAGAAUUAUUUACAAAUAAAUAUAUAUAAUCACACUAUUCAAAGUUAGCGAACUUGUUGCCAAGAGUCAGUUCAAUAUGUAGCUGUUGGCUGUGACUCAACCUGGUUUUAGAGAUGCCUAAUAAUUGGGUUGUGGAGGGUGCAAAUGGGCGGAACGUGGUGUGUCUCGGUGCAGGAGGAUGACAUGGUAGUGGCUGAAAGGAUUGCUGGUUUUCUUCAUAAUUCAAAUGCCCACUCUCCCACUAUUUUUUUCCCAUUAACCCCCAACAGAUAACCUGCUAGAAAGCUGGAAGAUUUCUAUAACUCCCUUGAAGCACCAGAUCAGUAAGUCAGAUUGAUAGAUUAAAUGGUGAGAUUAAAGAAGAUGAAGAAGGAGAAGAUGGCAUAAGAGUCCCUUUGAUUGAAUAUGUAGCUGUGUGAGUUUAAAAAGUGUUACUGAUUUUAGCUAUCAUGGGUGAGUAAACCAAGCAUAUAUCAGCAAUCCAAGGACAGGCUGAAACCAACCCUGGAUGUCCUGUGUCUGGGCAAAGCCGAUGCAGACCACUGUGUCACUUGGAUUUACAGAAACUGCCUCGACAGAACUCCGUAUGUCUCAGAUACUUCCAGAUUCUUCAGUCAGCAGGAUUGUUCCUUUCAAAUGCCAGAUAAAAUAUUAGAGCAGAGAAAGGGUAGCAUUUAUCAGGUCCUAGGAGUCUGUCCUGGUUGUUGCCUGUGACAUCCCCAGCCACCUUGCUUUAUUCUCUGGCUCCUUUCUGGACUUAGCAACAGCUCCUCUGCUGUCAGUGUGGCUCUUCCAUUCUGAUGAAGGGUCAGAAAUGUUACAGUAAACCCUGCUCCUCUAUAGCAGAGACUUGACAUCCAGGGUUCCGCACAUAUCUGGGCGCUGACCCUAAGGCAUUUGCUUCCCUGAAACUCCUGGCGCUAGGACCAGAGCCCUAACAUUGCCCUCCCAGUGGCUCGUCUCCAGGCCCCUUACUCAUCCAGGCUUCAGCCUGUGCUUCUGCCCUUGCGGCCUCCCCAACCUCUGCUCCUGACCGACAGUUCUCCUUUGAAACUGCUGCCGUGACGGGCCAGGGGGCCAUCGAAAGCCACUUGCCCAGUCUUUGCCCGGAUUGCCUAGGAAGCAGAACCUGAAGCAAGGGUUAAGAGCUGGUGCUUUACGAGGUACAGUGCUAGGAAAGUGAGACUGAGGAGAAAGGGAAGUGAGGCAGGGAGGGAAGGGAAGAAAAACGAGGAUAUGUUACCCACUGGCCAUGCCUCACAAUGAGCUGAGAAGAGAGAGAGUUAUUCAGCAAGUGCAUCCACAUGGCUCUGCGGGAGGUCUCCUCUAUGUGGAGGAGCUGUGACUUGAAGCAGUUGAUGGGAGAAGCGAAGAGGAAUUGAUAGGAUCACAGGUUGCAUCAUCCAGCCACCCGAGGGAAGCCGGAUCCCACAGCCCAUCGUGUGGCACUUCAGCCUGGACGUGGUGGAAACAGCCAGAAACCUGAGGCGUGCAGCUGUAUGGCCUGUGGCCGGCAGUGGCGAGAGCCCGGUGGUCCCGGGCAGGGUAACUGUGCGGCCCCAGGUGCUGAUUGGGUCCAUAGGCUCUGGCACCAGGUGGAGCAAGAGGCUGAGGGUCUGUGCAGAGGCCUCAUGGUAAAGUGACGUGUGCAGGAUGCACGCCUGAGUUCACUUCCCUUGCUGCUUCACUCCAGGCCUGAUUUCCUGUCUCAGGUCUGCCUUUCUCACUACCUGAGCCCUUUAGCACCUCUCCUUUCUGUUGACUCACGGCCCCCAGCCCUUCACCUGUUGGCCACCCAAAUCCUUCCUUUACGUUUUUACUCUUGCCCUCUUCUGGGCUGAUUAACAUAUUCCUUGUUCACUUCUCUUAACAUCUACUUUCACUCAAAAUAAAUGGCCCUUCGUAGAUCUAGAGCCUUCUGAAGGAAGGCAGGGAUGCUUUCCUGACAGGAUGUUGUGGCAAACACAAAAACAAGGAGGAAACAGAGGCCUCGCUGAGUUUAGAAAAACUUGAGGGCAGCCCACUCUCAGGAGAUAAUGGGGAUUCCCUGGAGGUGUUUAUUCUGAGGUGUCCCACUCCACUCUCCUGGACUGUGACAUCAGUCUGUGUGCUUGGUGCUAGUGUUUGGGGCCGAUACCCUAAAAUAGUGCCUACAUAAGUAAAAGCAGGUUAUGAAGGAAGUCCAUUGCGGGACACUGUUAUCGAGUUCUGACUUGGCGGGCCUGGGCCAGGGGAACUGAUCAGCCCCUAGGAAAGGUAGUGGGGCACGGGUGGUAGCGCCCUCCACGGCCCCCCGGGCCUGA